AAAAAAAAAAAAAAAAAAAANAAAAACAAAACAAAACAAAAAACAGAGAGAUAAAAGGGUCACGGUUUUACCCCGAUCUUCCCCGAAGAAACCCUAAUUUCCUCUUCAAAUCACCGCGAUUUUGCAAGCAAAUUAAUUAAGCUUCAACUCUUCUCCUCGAGCUAACCGGCCCCUCUAAUGGGACGCAGGGUCAUGUGAUCGCUGAUUACGAUGACUUCGAGGCCUAUUGUUCUUGUUUUCCUGCUUCUGGUACUAAUCAUCACAUCCCAGUUUGAGUGGAAGCAGCAGAUUAGUGAAGCCGAAGCUAAUCCGACCGUCUCGCAGAGGAAGCGACAGAUUCUUGAUAGGGAAGAAGCUGUUAAAGAGAAAAUAAUUUUAUCUCAGGAGAAAAAUAUUCGGCAACUUCAUGAGCUCGUCCAGAGCCUUCAGCGUCAGCUGCUGCACUGCCGCGGGAGCAGCAGCAACAUCACAACAACGCAUAGCCUUGGUAGUUCCCCAACUGAGGAUGCUAAUGACUUCGAGAAGCACGAGAUUCUCGAAGACUGAUGUUGUUUCUUGACCUCAAGCAAUUGUUCAGUAAUACCCCAUAAAUAGGUUGAGACAUGUAUUGUAUUUGGUUGUCUAAGUUGAUGCAUAAUACAGGGGCCUUGUUGAUGUACAAUACAUGUUUAUUUCCAUCUGUGAUUUACUCGUAAUACUGCUAUUUUAGUUAAUUUUUUCUUGAUUUUGGUUUCUGAGUUUAUUAUUUUGAUAUUGUCUAUUCAGUGA